UCUUGGCUUACCAUCUUCAUAUCCUUACAAAAAAUAAAAUUCCUUAGCUUCUUUCUCACAAAUAUAAUGGGUAGUUUAUUCAUCUUACUACUUCUCUUCCCAUCUCUUUAUUUCCUCUUUCACUUUCUAAAAUGGUUUCACAUAAAAAGACACCAAAAUUGUUACAUAUUAGGGUAUGAAUGCUUCAAGCCAACUGAUGAUCGGAAAGUUAGCACACAUUUUUCCGGCGAGAUCUUGAUCCGUAACCAAAAUUUGGGACUUAAUGAGUACAAAUUUCUCCUCAAGGCGGCCGUUAGCUCCGGCAUUGGGGAGGAAACUUACGGCCCAAGAAAUAUCCUCUUGGGCCGCGAGGAAAGUCCAACACUUAAUGAUAGUCUAGAUGAAAUGGACGAGUUUUUUCAAGAUAGUGUUGGAAAACUCUUCCAAAAAUUCGGAAUUAAUCCGGAAAAUAUAGAUAUUUUAGUGGUUAAUGUGUCGAUGUUUACAUCUGUACCAUCCUUGGCAUCAAGGAUAGUAAACUAUUACAAAAUGAGAGACAAUGUUAAAGUGUACAAUCUUAGUGGGAUGGGGUGUAGUGCUAGUUUGAUUUCUAUGAGUAUUGUACAAAAUGUUUUUAAGCAUGAAAAAGAGUGUUAUGCUAUAAUUGUAACAUCCGAAUCUCUAAGCUCGAAUUGGUAUACGGGUAAUGAUCGAUCCAUGAUCCUAUCCAAUUGUCUUUUUAGGUCGGGUGGGUGUGCUAUCUUGUUGACCAACAAGUGGAGCCUAAGGAAUAAGGCUAUGUUGAAGCUCAAGUGUCUUGUACGUACACACCAUGGGGCUAAAGAUGAGUCUUAUGGAUGUUGCAUGCAAAUGGAGGAUUCUUUAGGGAGGUUAGGGUUUCACCUUAGUAAAGACCUUCCUAAGUCAGCUGCUCGAUGUUUGGUUGAUAAUCUUAAAGAACUAGCCCCAAAAAUAUUACCAAUAAGAGAAGUGGUACGUUUUGUAGUGCUUGUUAUGGUCAGAAGAUUUAACUUCGGACCUAACAAGCACGUUGGUACAGGAACAAGAGAACAAUGCAAUAGACCAGUUAUUAAUUUUAAGACCGGAGUAGAACAUUUUUGCUUGCAUACCGGAGGAAAGGCGGUUAUAGAUGGUCUAGGGGAGAACCUCAAGUUAGGAGAUUACGACGUUGAGCCAGCAAGGAUGACCCUCCACCGGUUUGGGAACACAUCGGCGAGUAGUUUAUGGUAUGUUUUGGGAUAUAUGGAGGCCAAGAAGAGGCUCAAGAAAGGGGAAAGAGUGUUGAUGGUUAGCUUUGGAGCAGGAUUUAAAUGUAAUAGUUGUUUGUGGGAGGUGUUAAGGGACUUAGAUGGGACUGACAAUGUUUGGAAUGAUUGUAUUGAAGAUUACCCUCCUAAGACAUUGGCAAAUCCUUACUUGGAGAGGUUUGGUUGGAUCCAAAAUGAAGACAUUACUACCUUUAAAAUUCCAGAGGAUUACCAAGAAAGAUUGAAUUAUUACAAGGAAAAAAUGAAUUGAACUCUCUAAAUACUUCAUUCGUAACAAAUAGAAUGCAACAAUUGAAUAUUUUAUACUUGACAGAUAAUACUCAAUUGUUGCAUUUUUCUGUUACGGAAGAAGUAUAAAUAUAACCAAUGCCCUAUAUUAUUUACAUGGUAACAUUGAUUUUUUUUUUUUUCCAUUGUAACAUAUACAAUGUAUGUUCUUUAUGGAGUGUUCAGACCUAUUAGAAAUUUCUUUUUGCCUUAGGUGUUGUUUGGUUGGAAGUUAUUUCCCUUGGAAAUAGAAAUUCCUAGGAAAUGCAUUAUGGGUGUUGUGUUUGGUUGGAGGGAAAUGGGAGAAGCAUAGGAAAUACAAAUUCCAAGGGAAAUAGAAUUUCCCAUGAAACAUGGGAAAUCACUCACCAAGCCCCCCCUUGGUGAGUAAUUUCCUAGGAAAUGCAAUUUCCUAUGGUGUCAACCAAACAAUUUUGUCUAAUUCCUAGGAAAUUAACAAGGGAAAUAAUUUCCCAUGAAAUGUAAAUUCCCAUGGGAAAUUACUUCCCAUGUGAACCAAACGAGGCCUUAUAUAUAUAUUUGUAUCUGUGCUUCAAAAUGUGAAGUUUUUUUUCUUGGUAAAAGGUGAAGCUUUAAUGUUGGGCAAUUUACUAUUGCCAUGUAAUGUACUCAUUCUUACAGCUGGAAAAUUAAAUGAUGCAUGGGUGUAGUAUUUAGCUGUA